CCCAGAUGACACAGGAUGCCACUGAUCCACAACUCAAUCCCAUAUUCUUUCUGCUAUUCCACUACUAUCAUAUGGCUGAGUCUGUCUUCCUGCUCAGGGCCUGCUUCCUGGUCCAGACCAGAAACAGAACCUAUCAACAAUGACUUUCUCCCAUCUUGUAGAGCCCCACACAUCCCAGGUGGCCUCCUAACCCUGCUCGGCCUACUCAGGCUGGUCCCUCUGUUGGAACACCGGGCUCCUUUCUGCCUGGUAAAUGCAGAUUUGAGUUCCAGAGCCCCGCUCAGACACCACUCUUCCACAGAGGGCUCAGGAGCAGCCGCAGAGGAGACUCUGCAGGUGAUUCAACCUGAAAACCCAGUGUUGGUCGCUGCUGGAGAGACAGCCACUCUGCGCUGCACUGUGACCUCCCUGCUCCCUCUGGGGCCCAUCCGAUGGUUCAGGGGGAAAGAACCAGGCCGGGAGUUAAUCUACAAUUUCAAAGGAGGCCACUUCCCCCGAGUCACAAAUGUGUCAGACAACACACAGAGAGACACCAAGGACUUUUCCAUCCGUAUCAGUAACGUCACCCCAGUAGACGCUGGUACCUACUACUGUGUGAAGUUCGAGAAAACCACCUCUGAGGACACGGAAUUUCGGUCUGGAAGAGGCACUGAGUUGUCUGUGCGUGCCAAACCCUCUCCCCCUGAGGUGUCAGGCCCUAUGGCGAGGGCCACACCUGGCCAGACAGUGAGCUUCACCUGCAAGUCCCAUGGCUUCUCCCCCCGAGACAUCAGCCUGAAGUGGUUCAAAAAUGGGAACGAGCUCUCCGACUCCCAGACCAGCGUGGAUCCCAUGGGAAAAAUCAUCUCCUACAGCAUCUCCAGCACAGCCAAGGUGGUGCUGGCUCCUGGGGACGUUCACUCGCAGGUCAUCUGUGAAGUGGCCCAUGUCACCUUGCAGGGGGGCCCUCUUCGUGGGAUUGCCAACUUAUCAGCCAGCAUCCGAGUUCCACCCACCUUGGAGGUCACCCAGCAGCCCACAAUGACAGAGAACCAGGUGAACGUCACCUGCCAGGUGAAGAAGUUCUACCCCCAAAGACUGAAGCUCACCUGGUUGGAGAAUGGAAAUGUGUCCCGGACAGAAACGUCCUCUAAUGUCACAGAGAACAAGGAUGGGACCUACAACUGGACAAGCUGGAUCUUGGUGAAUUUAUCUACUCACAGGGAGAAAGUAGUGCUCACCUGCCAGGUGGAGCAUGAUGGGCAGCCAGCAGCCACCAGAAACCUGACCGUGCCAGUCUCUGUCCCCACAAAAAAGGAGGGCAUGGAUACCACCCCUGAGAAAAAUGCCAAAGACAACUGGAACAUCUUUAUCGUGGUGGGUGUGGUGUGCACCUUGUUGGUAGUCCUGCUGAUGGCGACCCUCUACCUCCUCCGAAUCAGGCAGAAAAAAGCCAAGGGAUCCACUUCUUCUACAAGGUUGCAUGAGCCCGAGAAGAAUGCCAGAGAAAUCACACAGGUACAGUCCUUGAUCCAGGACACAAAUGACAUCAAUGACAUCACAUAUGCAGACCUGAAUCUGCCCAAAGACAAGAAGCCUGCUCCCAGGGCUGCCGAGUCCAACAACCACACGGAGUAUGCCAGCAUUCAGACAGGCCCACCGCCCCGGCCAGAGGACACCCUCACCUACGCUGACCUGGACAUGGUCCACCUCAACCGGGCGCCCAAACAGUCGGCCCCCAAACCUGAGCCGUCCUUCUCAGAGUAUGCCAGCGUCCAGGUCCAAAGGAAGUGAGUGGGACUGCUCGGCCUUGGGCCUGUCCUCACGAGCUUUCUUGUCCCACAUGGAAGGGCCAUGGUGAGGACAGUCAGCCAGUUCUCGACAACCAGGUGGCGCAGGCCCUGGGACCAGGAGCGAGGGUGGCUCUUAUCUGCCAUCCCCCUUGGCUCUCCAGCUUGUCCAGGACAGCCCUGCGCCCUGACUCUGACCCACAUCUGGAGACUGAUGUGGCUGAACCAGCGGGGUUAAGUCACCGGGGAGCUGACCAGAGCCACCUGGGGUCCAAGAACUGUUGUGCCUUUGGUCAUCAGGCACCAGUCUGGUCGUGGUCUUGGAGACCCUGGGCUAUCUCCUCGAUGCUCUGGAGCCUGAUCUUCUAGGUUGAGGAGGAGAAGAUCCCACCUCCUCCUGCCUCCACCACCCACUUGGGGCUUUAGGAAAAUCUUUCCUUUAUAUCGAACUGCUCCAUCCAUGGGAGAACCUGGAAAAACUGAGACCCAGACCCCAAAACUUGGUGAGGCUGCUGCCAACAGUCCUGGCCUCCCUUCUACCUUGGGCCCCUCUGUGACUCCCAGGGCACUGAUCAGGCUGAUAGGGGUGCUCUUAGUGGCCCCACCUCUCCUUUCCAGACCCAAGCUUGCUUCCUCCAGCUAGCACUAACUCAGCAGCAUCGCCCUGUGGACGCCUGUAAAUUAUCGAGAAAUGUGAACCGUGCAAUCUUGAAGCCAAGGUGUUAGAAAACUUGAUCUGUGGUGUUUUGUUUUGUUUUGUUUUUUCUUAAAACAACAGCAAUGUUGUCUUGGCUCUUUGUCAUGUGUUGAAAUUCAUGGUUGGGUCUUGUGAAGUCUGAGGUUUUAACAGUUUGUUGUCCUGGAGGGAUUUUCUUGCAACAGAAGCUGAGUUUCCUCCAGGGCCCAGAGCCCUGAGGAUGAGGAAGAAAAGUCCGUUCAGCUGCUCAGCAGGGACAUUGAGCCUUCUCUCUGGGACUCAACUCAGCCUUCUCUAUGGGCCCAGCCAUACGGCAGGGUACUGUGCUAAGUGCCACCUGCCCAGUGCUUCUCCAUGCCACAACCUCGUCCAGAUCUGAUGCCUCAGACUGCUUUCCAUAAAGAGGGGAGAGGGACAAUGACAUCCUCCCCACCAUCUCACAAGCACUUUAGGGACAUGCAGAGGGGAGGGACACUGAGCUGGGCCAUUUGCCCCACCCCUUUAGCCAUCGCCCCCUUCCAGCUCUCUGAGCUGAUCUUCUCUUUCUGCUCUCAAACCCCAUUGGAUGAAACUGGAAUAGAUCCCAGUCUAAGCCAGGAUAGCUCAGCUGUGAGCCAGGGCUGAUCCACCCUCUGUCCCUCUGUGACCACAUCACCUUCUGACUCCUGCCCUUCCAGUUGGGUGCAAGGGCCUGCCUGGGCCCUGGGCCAGGCAGUGUUGCAACUCUGGUUAUUGGUUCUUCACACAUAACUGAGUCAAGACACCAAUGUCCAUGACCCUGGGCUGUAGGAUGCCCAGGGAAUUCCCAACCCCAGGCUGUCAGAGCAAGAAGCUGAGCCAUCCUGCCUGUUUCCACAGGUUCAGUGGGGGAACUUCAAGAGCCCAGCAGAGACCAGCUCUCUGGGGUCAGUGACUUGUUGUACAUGAUGGCAUGCAGGAGCGAGCUGAGCCAACAGGCCAUGUGGGCAGCACUGGCUGAACAAGGCAGGGCUCCUCAAUGGCAUCUGGGAGCUACAGUGCCCCAGCCACCUGCCCAAGCUGUUUCCCAGUUUUGAAGGAUUGGCUUGUAAACCUUCAUCUCCCUCUCUUCUGAUCAGAGACAGCACAUGCGUGCAUGUGUGCGUGCGUGUGUGCAUGUGUGUGUGUGUGUGCGCAUGCGCGCACACGCACACAGGAUUUUAAAAGAAUGUUUUCUUGGUGCCAUUUUAAUUUUGUUUUAUUUUAACUUGGUAAAGAGAUAAGGGAGUAAGGCCAGUGAGGCAGGCAUGUGUGGCUUUAGCUUUGGCCGGGCAGCCUGGAGUGUCCCCAUGCCAUGUGUAUGGAGCCCUAGGAAAUGGAAGAGGUUGAAACAACCCUGCGGAAGGAGCAUGGUUUGGGGAGUUUAUUUUCAGAUUGUUGGGAAGGAAACAGGCCCCAUUUUGUAUAUAGUUGCAACUUAAACUUUUUGGCUUGCAAAAUAUUUUUGUAAUAAAGAUUUCUGGGUAACAAUGACA